AUGCGGACUUCAGACUGCGCACUGCAGACUGCGCACUGCAGACUGCGCACUGCAGACUGCGUACUGCAGACUCCGGACUGCAGACUCCGGGCUGCAGACUCCGGACUGCAGACUGUGGACUGCAGACUGCGGACUGGAGACCGGGGAUUGCGUGGGCUGAGGAGAUUUAUAAUAGAUCAGCUGGAACAAUUUCAAUACAAGAAAGUGGUUCUAAUUAGAACAAACACUGAAGUCCCAGAAAUUUCAGCGGUCGAAGAUUGUGGCGCAUAUCUGAUAGAAGCAGUAGAUUUGUCAGUUGGCCACAACGUAAACAUUUUCGCCGAGGUAACUGUGAAUGCCUCAUGGUACAACAUUGGAAAAUUCAACAAGACGCUUGGUAUUUCCGCUUUAACAAGGAAAAGGUGCAACAGAAUCAAAGCAAUCACCACGGUGCAGCUCCAUGAAAAUCUCGUCCAAAUGCCUUCAAUGUUCUUCUGCAUGGGACCCUUCUGCAUGGGACCCUUCUGCAUGUUUUCUAACAAAGGGAACCGAGUUGGAAUGAUGACUUAUGCACCAGAGACAAACAUCGCCGUGAGUUCCUCUAACGAACUGGAACCAGAAUUCGCGCAUAUUUUAUUCAAUCUCUCCGAAAACGAGAAACGCGCCAAGGGUCAAAAAAUUCUAGCUGGUGUUUCCAAAUACAUUCCUAAAUUGAAAGAAGCCAAGGUGACAAAGGUUAAGUUUGGCAUUAUUCAAACGUUCAUGGACGAAGAUACAAUCGAUUUCGGUUUCAAAGUCGGAAACUUGGAUUCGUUACACGAUCCACUAGUUGGAGGUAUCUACAAAAGAAAUUACAGUGGAGUGGAGGAACCUCGGCCAGGAUAUAUAAUUAAUGCAUGUAUGAAACUAUUGUAUUGCUUUGAUAAUGCCGAGAUCGUCAAGGACCUGAUUUUAUCGAAAUCUGCAAAACUUUCUCGUACUAAAAUCAAUUAAGGGUGACAUGUUGGUUUCAAAUGCUAAAACGACGACCUUAAGGUCAAUAAUUUGACGUCAAAGUGCGCCAGAAUUAAUUUUAUUCUUUACACGGUUGGCGUCUGCACUUCAAAGACGUCUCUGCUUUAGUUCUCUAAUAUGGGACAUUACACAUUAUUUGUGAGCACUGUUUGAUUACUGAUCUCGUAAAAAAAAAUCAACUGCUAUAUUUUAUGUACAAACACGUUUAUUGCCGACUAAACCAGUGAUUGUUGUACGUGAUAAAAUCUCCUGUCGCAACUCGACCCAAGCCUCUCUCUUUUUUUACGAGGCUCAGCUUUCUACAGAGCCGCGUGAUGUGAAUUAGUCUAACCUUGCAGUCAUCGCUCUCUGUCAGAUUUUCCCUGUGCGUGCUCGUGAAGUAGCCAAAGCGUGGUGGUGAGUACAUGAACAUUCAGCUAUUUAAGUAAAGAAAGCUAUAACUGAUUAUUUGGCCAAAGAAUCAGUUAAACAGAGAGACAACAUUUCAACUGACUGGAUGACAUAUUGUAGAUAAACACGAGAAGCCGAAAUUUUGUCGGUGUUGAUACCCAGUCACUGAAAAAUUAGAAGCUAUGAAUUCGUUGAAAGAACACUGGCUGGCUCAAUAAAAUACUCAGUUGAUGAAUGCCAAGUAUCCGCAUUAGGGAUUUUUCCAAGGGUAUGUUACGAUUUAGCAAAAAGAAUGAUUUACCAACUGUAGACAUAUUUCCGAACACCGAGAUGUGGGAUUGCGGAAGAACGCUUCUGUGCCUAACUGUAUCUCAUAGAUAGCAAUAGAACACAAUUUUCAGUUGUGCAGAACCUUGUUCUGAAAAGAACAUGAAUUGUUUUUGUUUUUCAAUCCCGCGCCUUACUGGUUUUCGCAACAUCUGCUGGUUGCAUCAGAGACAUCAACUUCAACAAAGGGGAGGAACUGAAUUGGCUAGAAAUUGACUAGACUAAAAUGAGAGGGCAUUUAUGCUACGACCUAGGUCAUCAGAGACAUCAACUUCAACAAAGGGGAGGAACUGAAUUGGCUAGAAAUUGACUAGACUAAUAUGAGAGGGCAUUUAUGCUACGACCUAGGUUAUCUAAAGCAUGUGUUCUCGCGACAAGGUCGAAUUUUCUGUAUCAAUAAAGACCACAGAAGCUUUGUUUGAAA